AUGCAGGAAUACAGAUACUCGGAACACACGCCGAUACGCCAUGGCUGCAUCCGUCUCCUCAAGCUUUUACCGGGACAUCGUGGGACAGAUCUCGAAGCCAACCUCGAGAUCCGAUGGAUACGUCAAAGUCGAGGAAGCCUAGAUGAGAAUGCCGUCAAGGAUCCUGAGCCUUAUGAGGCCCUCUCGUACCACCGGGGGCAUAAGGACAACGCCACCAAGUUUAUUAAGAUAUUGGCAUGGAGUCAGUCGUAUUUCAUACGCAUCAAAACAAACCUGGAUUGCGCACUCCGGCACCUUCGCGAUGAGCGAGAGCCGAGAUUCUUCUGGGUCGAUGCACUAUGCAUCAAUCAGGCUGAUGACGAUGAGAAGACAGUCCAGAUCUUGCAGAUGUCACUGAUAUACAGCAGGGCUAAAAGUGUGGCUAUGCGGCGACCUUGGUUCAACCGACGAUGGAUCAUCCAAGAGAUCGCCCUUGCUAAAGAGGCCACCCGAUACUGCGGAGAAGAUGUCUCUUGGAGAGAUUUCGCGGAUGUGAUAUCGUUGUUCGCCUACAAGAAGUACGAAUUGCGGCAGCUGUUCAGGGAGUCAGCCGCGCACCGCAAUCAUCCUGACUACCUCGGCGAUCUCAGUGAACUUGGUGCGGUGAGGUUAGUAUUUGCCUCCGACAAUCUCUUUCGAAAGUCGGAGCAAGGCAAGAUCAUGGAGCAUCUCUUCUCACUCGAAGCAGUGAUGUCCUCAAUGUCCGCAUUUGAGGCUUCGGAUCCGCACGACAUACUGUAUGCGGUCCUUUGGCUGGCCAACGAUGCACAUCCCGUGGCCAAGAACGCAACACAGGUCAUGGGCCUAAGGCCUCGAAAUCCUCCCCCAUCUGCAGUAACUUCGCCAACCGGAUCUCCUACACAAGCCUCCAGAAACAGGAAAGAUUCGAUAUCUGACCAAAACGGCACAGCUGAGUCUGCUGGUCCCAGCAGGCUCGUUACCAACGGAGAGAAGCCCUUGCAGAGGCCCGUGACAUUCCAGGACGAUGUCGAAAGCAAGCCACAGCACUUAAUACCCGAACGAAUGGUCGAACAUCGAGUCCACAUGCGCCGACUCAGUACCCAAGGACACGACAGCGAUAUCUCCAAGAAGAAGAUCGCCACGCAGAUGCUCAUGAAUUCUUUGAAGAACAGACGGAUCAUUGUCGAUUACAAGAAGGAUGUCUUUCAGGUCUGUAAAGAUUUCUUGGAGUUCACGGUGCGGAAGUCGAGAUCAUUGGAUAUGAUCUGUCGUCCCUGGGCCCCGGAUGACUGCCAUUUACCUUCCUGGGCACCACCGUUAUCAAAAGGUGCCUUCUCACCAGGUGUGAAGAGGGUCCACCGAAGAGUCAAUGCGGAUCCUCUUGUCGGAGAGCCUGGAAUUGGGAGCAAGCUGUAUCGGGCUUCGAGUAGUUUGCAGGCAGAUUGGUCGCCUAAAGCAGACCAUGAGAGGGCACUGAACGUCAAAGGUUUCGUACUUGAUUCAGUCUUUGAGAAGAAAUCGCCCGCAGCAGCCGGCAUUGUUCCAUCAGAGUGGAUGGCGGCAGGAGGCUGGGAUGAUGUUUCCACACUGCCGCCAGACAGUUUCUGGCGCACGCUGGUGGGAAAUCGAAACGCUUAUGGCCAACGACCACCUUCACAUUGGCGCCGCGUGUGUCGAGACGCUUUCACGCGCAAGCCUGCACGUGGAGACCUCAAUACCAGCGAGAUCAUAAUGUACGACUGCCCUUCUGCGGUGAGAGAGUUCCUCGAAAGGGUGCAGUGCAUGGUAUGGUCACGAAGGCUUGUCGUCCUGACCAACAUGCCAAACGCUUUGGCUCUGGUCCCAAUCAACACCAAGAAAGGCGACCUGAUCUGCAUUCUCUAUGGCUGCAGCGUACCAGUCGUCUUGAGGAAGUACAUCGGGGGCGUGCCAGCGACGAAGCAGCGAACGAGAUGCCAGCACCCCGACUGUCCAACGAACAUUCCACAUCGCCAUCACCGCGAUGUUGUCAUACAUGCUCAGAAUGGGGAUACGACCGUUCUGAAGAAUGGCAAAGUUGUCGAUGAGUACUAUGAGUUCGUCGGGGAAGCUUACGUGCAUGGCAUGAUGGAUGGCGAAGCGUUUCAUGUGAAGAGGGAGAAGAAGCUUGUUGUGGAAAGCUUUGAGCUAAGAUGA